AUGGCCACCAACGAACUCCGCCCACCCCGUCCACCCCGCCGACCCCCCCUCACCAGCACCGUCUCAGCCCCCAAUAUCUUCUACCGCUCCCUAGACCCGACCCCGGCCCCGCUCGUCUACAUCAACGGCUGGCAUGGCAUCGGCAAAGAGACCGUGGCCGAGUGUCUGACGCUGCUCCUGGGCCGGCCCAAGUCGCUGCUCAUUGACGUCCGCAGUGUUGGGUGGGAGACACCACCGCCGCCGUCUUCUGGCGAUAAUGUCAGCGGGAGAAGUCGGAGGGGGAGUUCGAUUGCGGCGGGGGCGGCGGCCGCGAGCCGGGCUGAGGCUAGGUAUCGAGGUCAGCAGCAGCAGCAGAAUUACCAGCGAAGCCGUCGUAAUAGCCAUCACGCUGGUGCCGGCCACCAAUUUCAUGAGCACAAACAUGAGGAUAGCCGCCAGCGUGAUCAUGGACCCGAGUAUGGCCAGGAUCACAACGCGGCACUCCUAACACCAGAGCACCCGCGGUAUUUCUCCUUUGACGCCGACUCCGACACCUUUCCCUUUGGUCCCAUCCCAAAGUCUCCCUCAUUGCUCGUCUCAUCACCCCCGCCUGCGACCACAGUCACGGCUACAGCUGCGCCCGCCCCCGUGCCUGCGCUCGCGUCAGCAACCCUCGCCUUCACCCUCUCCUCACCGACCUCCUCAACAUUCUCACCACCCACUUCCCGCUCGGCCUCCUUCUCGUCCGAAUCAACCGCUAGCACGGGGACGUCCUGCAGCUCAUGCAGCUCAGCAACUGUCCAGCCCCCCGGAGACCAAGCACUCACCCCGUCGCGGGUGACGCCGACAUUUUCGUCGUUCCUCCAUCUUGGCGGCAACGAUGGUGAUGAUGAUCAUCAUCGUCGUGAUCGUCCUAUUUAUUCACCCCCUAUUUCGCCAACCACAGUCACCGCGACCUUGGAAAAGGGCGGUGGGGGUACCAGGCCCCGGAUCUCAUCGUCCAUCAUGGCCCCGAUUUCCGCCGUCACAUCCCCGACCACGGCCGCAGCAAUCAAAACAGCAGCCGGCAUCACCCUCCCAGCUCCGGUCCCUUCCGUAACCCCUUACCACAACAACACCGCCACCACCAACCCCCCUUUAGCACCAACCAACCCCUUGACCCAAAACCUCCAGACCCCGCAACAAUCCUCCCAAACCCCCCUAACCCCCUGCAGCACCCAAAACCUGACAAGCCUCCUCGCCCUCCCCCACAACCGCACCCGCAUCGCCAUUCUCCCAGCCUACUGUCCCGAUACCCCGUCAGGCCGUGCCAGCAUACGUGUUUUCGAAGCCGCAGCAUCGCGCGCCGGGCGGCCCUUUGUGGCGGUCGCGCUGCGUUGCGAGGAAGGGGUAUAUCGGGCGCGGUGGGAGCGCGGUCGGAGCGUGAGUGUUAAGGGAAGGGGGAAGAGGGGCGGUUUGUCUGCGGUUGGGAGUGCGGGCGCGAGUUUGAGUGCUGGCGCCGGUGCGAGUCUCAGCGCGGGUGCGAGUCUCAGCGCGGGUACGGGAGCGAGUGGGAGUGGGAUUGGAAGUGGGAGCGGGAGCGGGGGUGUCGAAGGUUGGAGGAGAGGGAGUAUUACUGGGAUAACGGGGGCCCCGGCGGGGUAUCGUGAGAGAGCGGGUUCGGGCACGAUGGGCAGCGGUGUUCACGGUGUCGAUGGUGGACGUCACAAAGACGAAAUUGAGAAUCGCAGCGGUGAUGGUGAUGUCGGGACUGGGACGGCCGAUGGCUCAGAGCAUGCGGGAAAGAGACCAGUAACUGGUACUGCUGCUGCUCUUGUCACCCCAAUAAGGGACCAGGAACCCGAGACAAAAGCCACCAAGGGCCCACGCCCGCUGUCAAUGCUGCCCAACUCAGCUCAGGGCACUAACCAGGAGGUUAGCAGCCAAGGGGAAACAACAACGCAUACCAAAGACGAACCCUUCGACGAGGAGACAACCCUCUGGACCGAGGGCCACGGCCCAGGCCUGGCAAUGCCCGGCAAGACCGGCCUGACGGUCGACGUCACCCGUGUUCCAGCAUUCGAAGCUGCCCUCCGGAUUGUCGAGCACGUCAGGGGCCUCGACAACGGGCGAGGAUGCUGA